AUCAGCCAUGAUCACGGCACAAAAAAUAAUCAAGCCAGGAAAUGCCGAGCCAAAUGAAUUGGAGAAAAGCGUGGCAGAGGCUCUUCUCGAGUUAGAAUUGAACUCUACUGAUCUUAAGUCGCAGCUUCGAGAACUGUACAUCUCUGGAGCCAAGGAAGUCGAUGCAGGAGGGAAAAAGGCUAUUGUCAUUUUUGUACCAGUACCACAAAUCAGAUCCUUCCAGAAGAUCCAGACCCGUCUAGUACGUGAACUUGAAAAGAAGUUUAGUGGAAGGCAUGUAGUCAUUGUUGCUCAGAGGAGAAUCCUUCCCCGACAAACACGAAAGUCAAGAAAUCAGAAACAGAAGAGGCCAAGAAGUCGAACUUUGACAGCUGUUCAUGAUGCUAUCCUUGAAGAACUGGUCUUCCCCAGUGAAAUUAUUGGAAAGAGGACAAGAGUGAAAAUGGAUGGCUCAAGAUUAAUCAAAGUGCAUCUUGACAAACUGCAGCAAACAAAUGUGGAACACAAGGUGGAAACUUUCUCCUUGGUCUACAAGAAGCUCACAGGCAAGGAUGUAACAUUUGAGUUCCCAAGCUAUGACUGAAAGCCUGCUUGAAUAAAAUAAUAAAAUCCUAUUCUCAAACUG